GCGGAACUAAUGUACGCGGAAAAUGGUUUUAGCUCAGCUCAGUCACUUCACAGCUGACGAAAAAUGAAUGUGAGAAUUCUGCUGCUGACUCUGUCCUGUCUGCUUUUGGAGGAGACAACACAUGUGCUUGCGCAAGCUGUUAAGAGUUUGGAGGAGAAAGCCAAGGACACCAAGAAACAGGAUUCCGAAGAAGAAUGUAGUGCGCUUAGGAACGAAGCAAAAACAUUGGAAAUCUCUAACAAGGCAUUGAAGAACGAAAUCUUUCUGUGCAAUCAAAAGGACAGAUGUCCUCCCAAAGGUCCAGAUGGCAUUUACAAAAUUACGAUCGGUGGGAGAAAAACAGCAAGAACAACAAACACAUUCAAAGCUCCCUGCAAGAAGGGCGGUUGGAUGAUCUUUCAGAGGCGUAUUGAUGGCUCCGAAAACUUUAACCGCGGCUGGAAGCAAUACAAAACGGGAUUUGGUAACAUCAAGCGAGAGUUUUUUAUUGGUCUCGAAAAAUUGCAUCUUAUCACCAAGGCACACCGUUGCGAAGUGUCCAUAGAGCUUCGGGAUGCAAGUGGAAACCGGCGCUUCGCUCUAUAUGAUCAAUUCGAGAUAGGAAGUGAAAGGGAGUCUUAUAAUCUGAAAGUGGUUGGAAAUUAUUCGGGCACCGCAGGUGACUCUCUUAAGUAUCACGAGAAAGCCAAGUUUAGCACCUAUGACCGUGAUAACGACUCACAUACUGACAACUGCGCCAAGCACCACCAUGGUGGUUGGUGGUUCAAAAAAUGUGCCACAAGUUCACUCAAUGGAAAGUACUAUAAGAGCGGAAAAAAACCAGAAGGCAAAGAUUAUGGCAUUUUUUGGGGUUCGUGGAAUAGGGACUACGACUACAACAUCUCGCUUACCCAUGCUGUAAUGAUGAUCAAGCCGAAAUGCUCAAUGGAAACCGUGCCCAUGAUAAUGGAAAAAAUCAGCCGGAAAUGAAUUUUGAAACAUGCGAGAAACGUAUUCUCUGACCAGGUCUUGGCAGAGUAAGCUUAAGAAGUGCAAAGGAACGGAAAAUAUUCCAAGCAAAGCUGAAACAGAUAAAUCACACUACAUUACAAAACCUGAAUAAAGUCGUAAAAUUUAA